AUGGCAAGUUAUCUGUUAUCCUGUACUGGAGACCUCAAAGCUUGUAGUAUUCCAUAUAGUUCAGCUGUGUGUAUACUACAUAAGUCACAAAGUCUGAAUAUUGCUAUUGUUGUGCCUAUUGUAGUAACAGCACAUCCAGUACCAUUAACUUCUUUGGUGCUAAUAAGAAAAGAAAAAACUCCAAAGAAGUGGAAAGAUAAUAAAAGGAAGCUUGCAAAACAGUAUGGUGUAUCAACAUCGGGCAAAGUCGUACCGAAAAAUUCAUGGGGCCCUCCUUGCACAUGCAAACGUCAAUGCACGUCCCUACUAAACGAUGAAGAAAAAGCUGCAAUGAUUUCAAAGUUGUAUGACGGUAGACCAAAAAAUGAACUUGAUACAUAUUUAUCAGGAUUAGAAGCCAAGCCAGUGCAGAGACGUCGACAACGUUCUGAGCAAAAUAUAAAACCAAGGUCCUCAAAAUUUUUCAUACUGUAUUUUAAAAAUGUCUGA